CCAGCCCCUCCUCAGCCUUCCCUGUUUGCCCCAGUGGAAGUGGGCUGCAUCCCCACAGUUGUGCACAGCCAUGGGAGUGCAAGGCUUCCAAGAGUUCGUGGAAAAGCGUUGCCCAGGGGCAGUGGUGCCCGUGGACCUACUGAAACUGGCACGGGCUGUAGGGGGCCGGGGAGGCGGGGGCCCUGCCUACUGUACCACCUUCCACCCACCAGCUGGCUACCCCCAUCCUGCCGGGGCUGCACCGGGGCUGGCACCCAUGGUUGGUGCUAGCCCUUACCCACACUCCCAGCAUGCAGGGGGGUUGGCACCCCCAGCGCCAUGCCCGGCUCGGCUUCUGGUGGAUGCUGAUUCUGCUUUGCAGCGUCUGUACGGUGGCUACCAGACAGACUGGGUGUGCGGAGGCCAGUGGAAUGCAAUGGUGGGUUACCUGGCUGCCCUUUCACAGGCUUGCCUGUACCAAGGUGGGCUGGAGUUAGCUGUCAUCUUCAAUGGAGGGCUUGGAAAGGAGAGGCUGCCUGAGUGGGCCAGGAAGACCCAGGCUGAGAGACAGACAGCUCAGCUAAUUGCAGGGCAUGUGGGCAACAAAGGUACCCCUCCACCGCGAGCCUGGUUUCUUCCUCCUGCCUGCUUGGGGCAUUGUGUACGUCUGGCCAUGAUUCGAUUCCGGGUUAAGGUGUUCCAGAGCCUGGAGGAUCAUCAUCAGGAAGUGGUGUCUUUCUUUCGGGAGAAUGGCUUUCAUGGACUGAUUGCCCAUGACUCGGAAUAUGCUCUCUGCAACAUACCUUCCUACUAUAGUUCCCAUGCCCUGAAGCUGAGCUGGAAUGGCAAAAACCUCACCACUAACCAGUUCCUUAUGCAAGAGGUGGCCAAGCAGCUGGGUCUCAAGCUGAACAGUUUUCCUAUAUUUGCUGCCUUGCUGGGGAACCACAUUCUUCCCGAUGAGGACCUGGCUGCCUUCCAUUGGAGUCUUCUUGGACCGGACCACCCGCUCGCUUCACUUAAGGUGCGUGCCCACCAGUUGGUCCUCCCACCCUGUGAUGUGGUCAUCAAGGCUGUAUCUGAAUAUGUCGGUGCCAUCAAAAAUCCCACUGGCCUGGAUGUAAUAGGGAGAGAUGUAUUCAAACACUCCCAGUCCAGGACUGAAGAUAAAAUAGAACGCUUCAAGAAAGCAGUAGACUAUUAUUCAGUGGCCAUGAAAGCACCUCCUACACCAGCCGGCCCAUCCCCGUAUGUUCUCCCAGCAUUUGGGCCUAACCACUUUGGAGGGCCAGCACCUCUGAACCGCAAUCCAAUGGUAUCACUUCCUUCUGGGAAGGCUAUGUUUGCACCCCAAAUGGGGCCAAAGAUGCAGUACCAGCCACCUGUUCCACACGGUGGCAUUGCUGCUUCCUCAUCUUUUCUUCCGGGUCCUGGUUCCAGUUUUCUCUUCUCGCCUCAUGGCUUGGCGGACGCAAUGCCCUUCCAUGAAGAUCCUGCCUUGAAGGGUGGUCACUUCAACAACUGGCCUGUAUCCUAUGAUAACUGUCCCACCAAGUUUCCUAACCAUCACCUGGGUUCCAAACCUUCCCCAUCAUCUGGGCCUGGAUCUUCACCCUCUUCUUCUUCUGAUGGGGAAGAGCACAAUGGAGCCAAUUCCAACCACGUUUCUGAAACUGUGUCUCGCAAGUCUGGCUGGGAGGAUCCUGCGGGUGAAAAGAUAAUGAAUCAAGGCUGGGGACAAUCACCUGGGAACACUGGCAACUCAGAAAGGACCUUGAGUGGACCUGAAGCCCACAUCCCUUCAUUGCUCUCUAUGGCAACCCGCAACCACAUGGACAUAACCACCCCACCUUUGCCUCCUGUUGCUCCAGAAGUACUUCGAGUGGCUGAACAUAGGCAUCGACGGGGGCUUAUGUACCCUUUCAUCUACCACGUCCUUACCAAGGGGGAGAUCAAAAUCCCUGUCUGCAUUGAAGACGAAUGUAACACUGAACUGCCACCAGCAGUUGUUCUUUUUCGGGCCUCACGGCAGUAUGUAUACGGUGUCCUCUUCAGUGUGGCUGAGACACAACGGCGAAUGGAACGCCUGGCUGUGCGCAAGCGCAUUCCCGUGGAAACUCAUCCUGUUAUUGUCAAGGAAUGGUCGGCGUACAAAGGGAAAUCACCCCAGACUCCGGAGUUAGUCUCAGCUCUUGCUUUUCGGGAGUGGACCUGUCCCAACCUCAAGAAGCUCUGGUUGGGCAAAGCAGUGGAAGACAAGAAUCGGCGUAUGAGAGCAUUUCUGGCUUGUAUGAAAUCAGACACCCCUGGCAUGCUCAACCCUGCUAAUGUACCGACACAUCUACUGCUCAUGUGUUGUGUAUUACGAUACAUGAUACAGUGGCCUGGAGGCCGGAUCCUCCACAGACAUGAAUUGGAUGCUUUCUUGGCCCAGGCUGUGUCUGCUCAGCUAUAUGAACCAGAUCAACUUCAAGAAUUGAAGAUUGAGAAACUGGAUCCCCGAGGAGUUCAGUUGGCUGCUCUGUUUAUGAGUGGAGUGGACACAGCCCUCUUUGCCAAUGAUGCUUGUGGGCAGCCUGUGCCCUGGGAGCAUUGCUGCCCGUGGAUCUACUUUGAUGGGAAACUCUUUCAAAGCAAACUGAUUAAAGCUAUCCGAGAGAAGGCACCUCUGAUAGACCUCUGCGAUGGCCAGACCGAGCAGGUAUCUAAAGUAGAGAAGAUGAGGCAGAGUAUUCUGGAAGGCAUCAACUUCAAUCGCCAGGCUCCUCCACCUCUUCUUCCACCUCCACCCUUUGUGCCUUCUAUGGCAGCACCUUUUUAUCCAGUGCCUCUUUACCCUCGCACAAUUGGAUCAAUGCAACCUUCAGCCCCUGGGAGGACUAGAGGCUUCACAGGACUCCAUCCAAUCCCACCACAAGGAGGCAAAUUGGAAAUUGCUGGGAUGGUGGUGGGGCAGUGGGCUGGGAGCAAACCUUCUCGGGGACAGGGCUCCUUUGGCAUGCAGGUGGUGUCAGUUGGAGGCCCAGGGAAAGGCCGUGGCCGUGAUUGCCCUGGAAAAAUCCCCAAAGGAAACAAGAAAGUAAAUAAGCAAAGCUUGACCGAUGGAACUGCAAAAACGUCCGAAUUCGGCAGCAAUGGCAGCGGUAGCUGCACCCGACCCCAGUCCCAGUUGAAUGGGGAUGGAGGCCCCCCCUCCAGAGCCAACGAAGAUCCCACUGUUGGAGCAUGCCCUUCAGCCACAUCACCUUGUGCCUUAGCAAGAGACACUGACUCAUGCAAUAACAAAAGCCCCUUUUUCGGGACGCUGGGUGGGGACUCUGAACGGUGCCCGGAGAACAAGCUUCCCUUCCCAGUUCUGCAGAAAGAGGAGUGAAUAAAUGCCGCUGUGGGUCCAAUUGGCUGGCAAAUGGGGGUGGGGUGAAGUGGGGUGACAAGGGAAAAGAUUUUGACCUGCCAAGGAUGGGAUGGGGAAAUUCAGCCCUUCAACCCAUUAGUAGAAUGUAAAUGCAAUCAAGUGCUGGAAUGGAAUUAUUAGCUAGGCAGGGCAGGGACAGGAAGAUUGCUGUCUUGAUAGCUCACAUUGCAACACUGGGCUAAUUAAUCUGAUUGCUCCUCUACAGCAGCUAUUAUAAUAUUGUGAGGUCAAGCAGCCUGCUAGGACUCUUGUCCCUGCUUUGGAGGAUAACAUCAGCUUUUUUGCAUUCCGCCCCCUCAAAUUUGCCACUGUGCCAAUCGGAUCCAUAAAGGCGGCAUUUUUUUAAGUUUAUUUGAAUUUAUUUUUGUUUUUUAAUUUUAUAGGGGGAAGACUUUUUAGGGGGCAAGAAUUAUGAAUAUUGGAUUUUGGGAAGGGGGAUAUUUUUAAAGGAAGAAAAAGCCAGGAAGGUUUUACUUUAAAAUGGGGCAGAUUUUUCCUGCCUGCCUUGUUUAAUUUCUUGCCAACUCCCCCACCAUCAGGCCAAAUAGCAGUAUUGCUUUGAGGGAUGGUGAUGUUGGUAUGAAUUAAGGGGUGUGUAUGAGCGGCAAUGAUUUUUAAGAGAGAAAGAGUAGUACCACCACUGCAAAUUAUACACAAGAUGCAUAUAGCAGUUGGUGUGUGCUUUUUAUUAUAUAUGAAAGAGAGAGAAAGAGAGAGAGAGAGAUUAUAUUUAUAUAUAACAUGAAUAGAGCUAUAUAUAAAUAUGAAUGCUACAAACCCGGAAGGGGUAAAAAUGUUCCCGGGAGACAACUUGCGUUCCAAAGCGCUACAUGUUUAAUGAAUUAAAGGUCUGCUUUGCCAGUUGCCAGCAAUUGGGCUGUAUCCUAAGGCUGCGGCAGUAGAUGAGGCAGGCCUCCUGAUACCAGAUAGAACACUUCUUAUCCUUAAACAGACAAGCACUUACUGUUACAAUUCCAGGACUGUGAGCAAAAUGGCUGGAGAUAGCUGGGGCUGUAAAGAUGUGUGGGUGGAUAGCCAUCCAAAUGGGAAAGUCAUGGGGCGAGGCUACCCAGAAAGUGAAGUGGGGGGUGGGAUUCCAACUCUUGUUGUCAUUAAAAGGGUGACAUGGGAGGGAGGAGGUUGGUUGCAGUUGCUCAGCUGGUGAUUCUUUGUUCUCUUCCAUGGGAAUCCUGCAAGUUCAGUACACAAUCUGAAAUCUAGGAUGAAUCGGGCCUUUUGGAAAUCACCACGCCCACCCCCAGGCUUUGCACAAUCUGCUACCAAUUCUUAUGCUGAUGAUAAUGGGGAAAAUUUUCAAAGACUUUCUGGAAACAGUUGGUUGAGGUUUUCAGUAGUGGAGCUAAUCUCCAUUGUAUACACAAGUUUCUCUCCAUCUCCCUGUCCUUUUGGGUUGUCUAAUUUGAAUUGCACCUAUCCUUGCAGAUGAUCUUGUACAAUCUGAAAGCCUUGAAUUUUGGAAACCUGGUAAAUUCAUUAGAAAUGUUGUGUACUGAAACAGAUUUCAAAUGCAGAAUGUUUAUAUAGAGCAGGUAGUCAAGGGGGGGAAUCACAUAAUUUGGGGGAAGAAAUAAAACAGGCUGAAUAUUCUGUUGGAAAGAAUUUUUAAACCAGUUUCCCAGCUGCAGACAUAUAUGCACUUCUGCAGUGCAUGUUUCUGUUUAGUUUCUUACAACUUCUAUGGCACAUACGUCAGAUGACUUGAAUAACCUAAAAUGUGUUUUGAUUUUUAAUUUGUCAUCUGCGAUCAGUAUCCAGUAGGCUGAAUGUUCCCCUUUCUGCUUCUUCCAGCAGAGGGGCACAUUAAACCACUGCUUGGAACAAUGUUUGGUUCCAUCUCAAACCAAAAUCAGGAAAGUAUUCUUAAUGGUGCAGAGUAAUAGUAUGAAAUUAAUUGACAACAAGAUAAAUGUUGGUAGCUACAGCCAUAGAUCCUUUAGUGAAUGAUUCAAUAUAUUAUUGGGUAACAAGUCAUGAUAACUAAAUGGAAUUUACACGUUAAUAAGAAAUAUUUUCUUAAAUUUCAGUUACUGCAGAAAAAAAAUAAGAUUGUGUUAAAAAGUGAGGGAGGGUAUUAUCCAGAGGUUUAACAGAUUUAUUUGCCUUACUUUCUACAAAUGUAUAAAAGGAUAGAUUAAUGGGUUUAAAAUCUAAAACGGGGCAGGGUAUCUUAGUUCUACUGCUGCCUCCAUUCCCUUGAGUGAGUUAUUCACCUAUCAGAAGCCAAAGUAGGAAGCCCUGAUCUUCUCCCAGUUUAGCUGCCAGAUCACUCUCAUCAAAAGAUUUGAACUGUUUGCUUCAGACCAUUUUUGGAAUCUAUCUGUUAACCAGUUGACUAUUUUUGCUCUACAGCUGUUGGCUCAAACUCAUUGAGAUGGGAAAUUUCUUAUAUUGCUCUAAGAGCAAUAGAACCUUUGGAAAUGAUCCAUGGUUGUCAGAAGAGCGGUAACACCUGAAAAAGAUUAUCCCCUUUAGGGGAGAACUUGACAGCAGCCAAAAGAAAAAGUUGCUUUCCCCUUUGGGAAAAUAGCUAGAGCAGUCAAAAACGGGUGGAGAGCAUUUUUGUUUGAAAACUAUCACAGUUGUAGCUGUGGAAUAUGGAAAGUAGACUCUAUUUUAGAAAACAAAGAGCAGCUAUUUAAAGUAGUUUGUGAUACAGAGUUUGAAUAUUAAGAAUUACUUGAUUUUUAAAAAGUAUUUCCGGUAGGUGAAUUUUGGAAAAUCAGAUGUGUUUUAAUAAUCAAGGCAGUACACUUUUCAGUUGCAACAACUAGUAAUUCUGAUUGGCUUGACAUUCUAAACAUGUUGAAAAGAAAAAAAACUUUUGCUGGAUAAACUGUGAAAAAAGUGGCAAAUUGGCAGUCUUUUGUGUUCUGAAGAGCUUACUGGAGAGUUGACAAAGAGAAUCAUCAUAUUUAAAGAUAGCAGUACUACCAAGAAUCAUAUAUUUGGAGAGCAUCUUACAAGCUUUCCCCCC